AUGCCACAACUUGUCCCUUGCUAUUUCUUUAUUCUCCGCCUUGGCAUCAUAUCUCAGGCUUUCGAAUACCGCGAGCCUUGUCGUCGGUACCGAACACAUGUGGACAUGGGCAUCGAGGAACAGUUCAUCUUGCUCUCUUUAGGGCUUGCCACGAUUCUCGUGCGAAUUGGGGUACGAUGGCGACAAGUAGGACCCAGUGGGUGGGAAUUGGAUGAUUAUCUGAUGCCUUUCACAGGUCUUCUGUUUACGGCCGAAACGAUAGCAGCAUAUCUCGUGGGCGCGAAAUUCCAGGGCCUGACGAAUAGUUACAUGACCGACCAAGAGCGCGCAAGUAUCGACGUAAACGGCCGCGAACACUACAAUCGAGUAUGGGGAUCCAAGAUACAGAUACUAGGCUGGUCACUUUACGCGUGUAUAUUGUGGUCGCUCAAGUUCUGUGUUACUGCCUUUUAUGGCCGUCUUACCACCGGACUGACCAACCUCAGAACUCGUGUGCUUCUAGCUUACAUCAUUCUCGGUGUCACAUAUGUGGCCGUUGCCCUCACGAUCCUACUAUCAUGCCAUCCAUUCCAUCACAUGUGGCAGAUCACGCCGGAUCCUGGAGUUCUUUGCCAACCGACGAACUCGCCGGCGAAUGUACUAGUGGUGUUGAUUCCGAACAUAUUGACGGACAUCUACCUGCUUUCCAUUCCUUUGCCUCUUCUCUGGGGUGUCAACAUCAGUUUACGACGUAGGCUUACUCUCAUGCUGUUAUUCAGCGGCGCCCUCUUCAUUAUGAUGGCCGGUACCAUCCGUGCCGUCACUGUUCUCACAGCAGGACCCAAUGGCGCAUAUGAAGCCAGCGCAUGGGCAUGCCGCGAAACCUUUGUCGCCAUAGUCGUCACCAACCUCCCCAUAAUCCAACCCCUUCUUCGCAAGGGCGCCGACAUGAUCGGACUAAGUGUGCUUUUCAGCCGCGGCACCAGAUCCGCGUCCCAGAGCCACCAGCUACGAAGCAACGAAGCUGGCGGAAAUCGCUUCAACUCGAGCCGACGCACCGGGCCAAAUAGCCAUCCUCUGUCCAAUGUGCCCGGGACAGCGGCUUGGGCAAGCGACGAGCAUAUCCUCCCCGGGGCUUGUGAGAGCGGCAAGUCCGGGAGUCGAGAUGGUGGAAUUGUUGUUGCGCAGGAGAUUAGCGUCCAGUCUGAGGAAGCUUCCGAUAGCAGAUCGAAAAGUCCUGCGGUGUAUGAAUGGGGACACAAAGCGAAUGUGUCGAGGAGUACAUGA